AUGGAAAAUGGAUGUUGGAAUCUCGACGAAAUCCGUGAAGAAGAACUCGACCAGUUGGCGAUCUAUCGGGUCCCCGAUCAACAGGUGGAUCGGGAUGAAAGGCGCAAUAGAGCCGAGGCCUCUCUACCUCGAAACUUAGUACUCAAGCAAUCAAAAUCAAACGAAAAGGCUUUAGGAGUAUGGGCGACGGACUACAUUCCACAAGGCACCCGAUUUGGGCCAAUGGAGGGCGAAAGGUAUCAUGCCUCCGAAGUCAACCAUAUUACAAAUAAAAAGUGGUUUUGGCGGGUGUACAAAAGCGAGCAUGAAUUCAUCUACGUCGACUGUUUUGACGUGAAUCGAUCAAACUGGAUGAGGCACGUCAGUCCAGCUUACCGAUUGUCAGAGCAAAACGUGGUCGCUUGUCAAGUGAACGAUGAGAUCUACUUCUACACUUUCAAACCCAUCUUACCCAACCAAGAGCUUUUAGUUUGGUACUGCAAGGAAUAUGCCGAGAGGCUGCAGGCACACAUUAAAGUCGACAAUGGCAUAAGAAACCAACUUACCCCACCAGUCGAGCCUUUUGGACCUUAUGCACGUUCUGUCAUCCAAAUCAAAAGACACUAUGAAUCCCACCAACACGUUGACAUCCUCACCCCACCAGAAGACAGCAGUGAUAGUGAAAGCGAAACUUUUGCGCUGGAUUUCAGUGUCAAAGGAAGGAACACAAAGACCACCGAACCUGAAGAGGGUGAAAAUAUGUACGCGAGAAAUGACUUCCAUAAACUCAAAAUAAAAAUCGCCCGAGCAUACAACUACAGAAACAUAAACUCAAAUUCUGAAGAGAUUUCGGUCGCAGAUGAAGAUGCGAAAGAAAAACUCAAAGAGUCGGACAAAGACGAAAUGGAAGUUGACAGCCAGUACACAGCUCCCGAACCCAGUAGUCCGAAGUGUGCUAGCAGUCCAAAAUUUCCAGACGAUGGUAUCAACAAAAGGGAGUCAGCCUUCAUUUCAUAUGAUGGAAUGAUUCAGAAACUGAGCGAUGACUGCCCUGGCGUAUUCCCUUCUGGUAUUCUGGAGAAUCUUCUCAGAUAUCGAGAAAGAGAAAGUGCAUCUAUUCAGCUACUUCGAGAGUUCAACAGAGAGUCCUUGAAGGAACCCGUCCGAGUGAUUGUCCCGAACAAUUCAUCGCAGAAUCCAGAUUCCUCGUCGCAGAACCAGAAAGGUCAUUAUACGCACAAAAAUGGCCCCCCAUUUGUGACAACAAGCAAUCAAAACCAUGAAAUGCACAGUCCGGAUUCUACAGACAAGAGACAUAUCUCGAACACUCCUCCACAUUCUGUUCCAUACAGCAUGCACAACACCUCGAACAGUUUCAUUUAUGGUAGCAACGCUCCGGCUUUGUUUUCUCCCGCUCAUUUCGGCAUGUAUCCGUAUUCCAUACAAGAACGAAUGCAUGCUCCUUUACCACUACGAAAUGGACCACCUUUUCACGGGUCCCCCCUAUCAGACUAUGCCACCCAAAUGAACCUCCCACCGCAUCCGAAUCCUCACCACCAUUUGAGUCUAAUGAGUCAUCCGCCUAAUCAUUUGGACAUGGCCAAAAACGGAUUUUUCAACGGAGGCAUGCAUUCCCCACCAGGUUCUGAUAGACUGCAUCCUAUGAGACCUCAGUCGCCUGGUGCGCAUGGAAGAGGCUACCGUUCACUGCCAUAUCCAUUAAAAAAGAAAGACGGUAAAAUGCAUUACGAGUGUAACGUGUGCUCUAAGACAUUCGGCCAGCUGUCGAAUUUAAAAGUUCACUUACGGACUCACUCCGGAGAACGGCCAUUUAAAUGCAACGUAUGCUCCAAGAGCUUCACCCAACUCGCUCACCUACAGAAGCAUCAUCUAGUUCACACUGGGGAAAAGCCUCAUCAGUGCGACGUGUGCAAAAAGAGGUUCAGCAGCACAAGCAAUUUGAAGACCCACUUGAGGCUACACAGUGGACAGAAACCUUACGCUUGUGAUCUCUGUCCAGCGAAAUUCACACAGUUUGUACACCUAAAGCUCCAUAAGAGGCUACACACGAACGAGCGUCCUUAUACGUGUCAAACGUGCAACAAGAAGUACAUCAGUGCAUCAGGUCUUCGCACCCACUGGAAAACAACCUCUUGUCAACCAAACGCUGUGUUCUUCGAAACCCUAGACGGACAUCACUAUGAGUAUCCUAUGACUGAUCUCAGUGACAAUGAUUCCACAUCACCACCUAUCAGUCUGCCCAUUAAUGUGCCAGCGCUUCAUCCUAGCAUGGACAGCAUCAGGAGAAAUCUUCACCACAGCUCAAAAGUAUCCUACACGGACAUUAUAGGAUCCCCACCCUUGUCCAACGCUUCAUCACACGAUUCUUAUGGAUCUCAUCGGUCAACGAGAGAGUCCGUAUCUUCAGCUCCCGGAUCGCCGGACGAUGGAAUCUCUAAAUGUGCUUCAGUCAGGGAAAUAGCCCUUCAUUGUCGAUCUAAAUAA